CUGCGUGCCAAAUCAGCUGUUUAUUGAUUACAUUACGUUUUGCAAAGUGUCGUAAUUGGCAAAAACCAUCCAAGAUCUUGAGAUUCGGCUAAAAAUGUCGAGGCACGCGCUGAUAGGUGGCGGCACCGGCUUUAUUGGCCGCAAUCUCGAGAAGCACCUGACCCAAAAGGGCUACGAUGUGACGGUGAUCUCCCGGAUGCCAGGUCCCAAGCGCAUCACCUGGCACGAGCUGGAGAAGAACGGGAUACCGAGCUCCGUGAACGCUGUGGUAAAUGCCACCGGUCAGAACACCCUGGAUCCGACGAGGCGCUGGACCCCAGGAUUCCAGCAGAACGUGUGGAACUCGCGCAUCAACUCGUCCAAAACACUGGCUCAGGCCAUCAGGGCGGCUCCCCAGGUCAGCUCGUUUGUGAAUUUCUGCGGCGUUAGCCACUAUCCACCGUCGGAGUCCAAGGUUUACACCGAGGAUGACCAGGUGCAGGGAUUCGACUACAUGUCCCGGUUGUGCCUGGCCUGGGAGGAGGCUGCCCACACCGGCGACGAGCAGGAUUGCAAAUGCACCAUCCUAAGAUGCGGUGCUGUGGUGGGUCACGGCGGUGGCAUGGUUCAGUCCAUGUGGCUGCCCUUCAAGCUGGGAGUCGGCGGCCCUUUGGGCAGUGGCAAGCAAAUCAUGCCCUGGAUACACAUGCAGGACCUGUGCAGCCUGAUACAGCACAUCGUGGAGAAGCCAGUCCCCGGAGUGGUCAAUGCCGUGGCUCCCGAAAUAGUCAGCAAUUUGGAGUUUAGCAAAGCCUUUGCCAAAGCCCUCCAUCGUCCCUGCCUCUUCAGUGUCCCGGAGUUUGUGGUCCAUGCCGUGUUUGGCAAAGAGCGGGCAGCCCUCGUCCUGAGCGGAGCCAAAGUGAAGCCCCAGAAAGCCAUCUCGUCGGGCUUCAAGUUUCAGUACCCCACCGUCAAAGAGGCUGUGACGCAACUGACCCUCAAGGGAUGAACUGAAUCGACAUUGGCUGCGCGUUGAACCAGCGCCUCAGUUCAAAGUUACCUGUACAUUAAAUGAAUGGCAGUAGCAAGCACAAAUUAAAACGAAUUUCUGCGAAAUGGGACUCAUGUAUCUCAUCCCCCGAAAGUACACCCAUUUAAUUUGUUUACUCAUCAGUCAUGCCCACAAGUAUUUCACAAUUUUUUUUUAGUGUCACAUUAAAUGUAAUUAUUGGCUUAAUUCGCUCUAUUAAAACAUGUUCCAAUUAUUUCAA